AUGGCGCAAAAUAGUGACGCAGUAUUAUUGCAGUGGGUGGAGGAAACUCCCGCGAAGCCUCCCCCAGCCACUGAAAAGUCCACGAGAAAAAUAAGAUCCCCCAUCCCGCUUAUUCUUAGUAACAGUUUUUGUAUACUCGACUCUCUAUGUGUUGGUGAGAUUUUGGUUGUGAGACAGUCGUCAACCAUACCUGAACUUCCUCGGCCAUCUCAGCCGCACUCGACGAUGCCGUGCGUCGGUGGCUCAUAUAAAUACAUAGGAAGCACGUUUCUGGCUCGAUUGCCCGCCGAAACCGCGUCGAACACGGUGAUCUAG